CACCGUCCCGGGGAGGAGGUGCCGCGGCGGCGGAUGGUCCGCGUCGUCCCGCCGCCCCCCGGCCGCCCCUCCUCCCGCAGUCGGCGGCGGCGGCGUCGGCGGCAGAUGGCGCGGGAGCGCGGGGCGCGGCGGGGCCCGGGCUGGCGUGGAGGGAGGCCGAGACGUUUGCUUUUGGCUCUGCUCUUAUUGCUGUUACCCGCUGUGCCGGGGCUCGGGCCCGCCGCUGCCGCUGCCGCCGAAGAAAAAGAAGAGGAUGGGGGAACGGCGAAAGAAUGCGACAAACCGUGCGCUAACGGCGGGCGGUGCCAACCGGGCAGCGGGCAGUGCGAGUGUCAGCCCGGUUGGGUGGGCGAUCAGUGCCAGCAUUGCGGCGGACGCUUCAGACUCACUGAACCUUCAGGGUACGUAACGGAUGGGCCUGGAAACUACAAAUACAAAACAAAAUGCACCUGGCUAAUUGAAGGAAGGCCAAACACAAUCCUGAGGCUUCGAUUCAAUCACUUUGCCACAGAGUGCAGUUGGGACCACUUAUAUGUGUAUGAUGGAGAUUCAAUUUACGCUCCUUUACUGGCAGCUUUUAGUGGUCUGAUUGUUCCUGAGAAGGACAGCAAUGAAACGGUCCCAGAAGUUGUAGCUACUUCUGGAUAUGCUCUUCUGCAUUUCUUCAGUGAUGCUGCUUAUAAUUUGACAGGGUUUAACAUCACGUAUAAUUUCAAUACGUGUCCCAAUAAUUGCUCUGGCCGAGGAGAGUGCAGGCUCAACAACAGCAGCAAUGCUCUUGAAUGUGAAUGUGCCAAAUACUGGAAGGGAGAAGCUUGUGAUAUUCCCUACUGCACAGAUGACUGUGGGGCACCAGAGAGGGGAUUUUGCAACUUCAAUGAUACUAAAGCAUGUGUUUGCUCUGCAGGCUGGCAAGGUCCUGGCUGUUCAAUUCCCGUUCCUGCAAAUCGGUCGUUUUGGACCCGUGAGGAAUAUUCUCUUCCAAAACUUCCUAGAGCAUCUCACAAAACCGUCAUCCACGACAAUAAAAUGUGGAUUGUUGGAGGCUACGUCUUCAAUCAUUCUGACUCUCAGAAGGUUUUAGCGUAUGAUCUUAUUUCUGAAGAGUGGCUUCCACUGAACAACACUGUGAACUCAGUAGAGAUGAGAUACGGUCAUUCACUGGCACUACAUAAGGAUGACAUAUAUAUGUAUGGUGGAAAAAUAGAUGCCACGGGGAAUGUGAGCAGCCAGCUGUGGGUGUUUAACAUUCCCAGCCAGUCCUGGACUCAGGCAGCACCAAAAGCCAAGGAGCAGUACGCUGUGGUUGGCCAUUCAGCACACAUUGUCACCUUGGAGGAUGAGAGCGUGGUCAUGCUUGUCAUCUUUGGGCACUGUCCCCUUUAUGGGUACAUCAGCAACGUCCAGGAGUACAACUUAGCCACAAACACGUGGAGCAUCUUACAGACAAGUGGAGCUUUGGUACAGGGAGGGUAUGGUCACAGUAGUGUUUAUGAUCCACAUACAAGAUCCAUUUAUAUCCACGGAGGUUACAAGGCAUUCAGUGCCAACAAAUACAGGUUAGCAGAUGACCUCUACAGAUAUGAAGUUGAUUCCCGGAUGUGGACGAUUCUUAAAGACAGCAGAUUUUUCCGCUAUUUGCACACAGCCGUGAUAAUGAGUGGAACCAUGCUGGUGUUUGGAGGGAACACGCACAACGACACCUCCAUGAGCCACGGUGCUAAGUGCUUUUCUUCCGAUUUUAUGGCCUAUGAUAUCGCCUGCAACAAGUGGUCUGUUCUUCCUCGCCCGGGUCUCCAUCAUGAUGUGAACAGGUUUGGACAUUCUGCAGUGCUGUACAACAGCACCAUGUAUAUAUUUGGAGGCUUCAACAGCCUCCUGCUGAGUGACAUCCUGAAGUACACACCAGAGAGAUGUGAGGCCUUUACUAACGAGACCUCCUGCACGCAAGCAGGACCUGGUGUGCGCUGUGUGUGGGCUCCUGCCCGGCCUGGCUGCGUGCCCUGGGAAAUGGCCACAGUGCAGCAACAGCAAAAGGUCCUUGAGGAUUGUCCUGCCAAGUCAGUUGUAGACAAUGAAAAAUGUGAUCAGAUUACAGACUGCUAUAGCUGUACAGCAAACACAAACAACUGUCAGUGGUGCACCGACCAGUGUAUCUCAAUGCAUAACAACUGCACGGAGGAACAGGUUCCCAUUACUGCUUAUGAGAAUUGUCCUAAGGAUAACCCUGCCUAUUACUGUAACAAAAGGACAAGCUGUAAAAGCUGUGCCAUGGAUCAGAACUGUCAGUGGGAACCAAGGAAUCAGGAGUGCAUUGCUUUACCAGAAAAUAUCUGUGGAACAAACUGGCAUUUGGUCAGCAACUCUUGCCUGAAAAUUACAAAUGCAAAGGAGAACUACGAUCACGCCAAGCUGUCCUGCAGGUCCAGUGGAGCUUCGUUGGCUUCUCUGACCACCCAGAAAAAGGUGGAAUUUGUUCUGAAGGAGCUGCAGAAGAUGCAGUCUUCGUCCAAAGCAUUGACUCCGUGGGUUGGCCUGAGGAAGAUCAACGUGUCGUACUGGUGCUGGGAGGACAUGUCACCCUUCACCAACACCCUGCUCCAGUGGCUCCCCGAUGAACCCAGCGAUGCUGGAUUUUGUGGUUAUCUAGCUGAGCCUUCCAGCCAGGGACUGAAGGCAGCAACGUGCAUCAAUGAAGUCAAUGGCAGUGUCUGCGAAAGGGCAGCCAACCACAGCGCCAAGCAGUGCCGCACGCCCUGCGCCCUGCGCACCAUGUGUGGUGAGUGCACGAGUGGCAGCUCUGAGUGCAUGUGGUGCAGCAACAUGAAGCAGUGUGUGGACUCCAACGCCUACGUGGCCUCCUUCCCCUACGGGCAGUGCAUGGAGUGGUACACCAUGAGCAGCUGUCCACCUGAAAACUGCUCAGGCUACUGCACGUGCUCUCACUGCCUGGAGCAGCCUGGCUGUGGAUGGUGCACGGAUCCCAGCAACACUGGCAAAGGGAAAUGCAUGGAUGGCUCCUACCGAGGUGCACUCAAGAUGCCAACCCCAUCUGCAACAGGAAAACAAAGCUUGGAGCCUGUCCUUAAUGUCAGCAUGUGUGCUGGAGAGCACAAUUAUAACUGGUCCUUUAUCCAGUGUCCAGCCUGCCAAUGCAAUGGGCACAGUAAGUGCAUAAAUGAAAGCAUCUGUGAGAAGUGUGAAAAUCUGACAACUGGCAAACACUGUGAAACUUGUAUCUCUGGCUACUAUGGUGAUCCUACUAAUGGAGGAACGUGCCAGCCUUGCAAGUGCAACGGCCAUGCCUCCAUCUGCAACACCAACACAGGGAAGUGUUUCUGCACCACCAAGGGAAUCAAAGGAGAUGAGUGUCAACUGUGCGAAGUAGAAAACCGCUAUCAGGGAAAUCCACUUAAAGGAACGUGUUACUAUACUCUUCUCAUUGACUACCAGUUCACCUUUAGCCUUUCUCAAGAGGACGAUCGCUAUUACACAGCAAUCAACUUUGUAGCAACACCUGAAGAGCAAAACAGAGACCUGGAUAUGUUUAUCAACGCAUCGAAAAACUUCAACCUCAAUAUUACUUGGGCAACAAGCUUUGCAGCUGGCACGCAGGCUGGGGAGGAGAUUCCUGUUGUUUCAAGAACAAAUAUAAAGGAAUACAAGGACAGCUUCUCCAACGAGAAGUUUGAUUUCCGCAACAAUCCAAACAUCACCUUCUUUGUCUACGUCAGCAACUUCACCUGGCCAAUAAAAAUACAGGUGGCAUUCUCUCAGCUCUCUGGGAUGUGAAACUGAAGUUCUAGAUCUGAGAAGUAGCUCGUGGCGAGAGCUGGAAGCUCUUUGAUGCUUGUAUUCCUGCUGGCAGUGUGUUUAUUUACAUGGGACGUGUCGCAGAAGUUGAUCUCUCCAGAGUGUAAUGGGUCAAAAUUAGUUGCUAACGGAGCUAACUUCCACCCCUCCAGUGGCUCUGAGCUCUGUGCCAUUACAGCUCAGUCCUAUUGGAGCUUUCUUCAACUCACUAAAUAUGAACUUAGAAUCAUCAAGGUUGGAAGUGACCAUGAAGAUCAUCCAGUCCCACCAUUAACCCAUCACACCGUGCCCAUUAACCGUGUCCAACACAACUUGCGGUUCCGCCUUGUUUCUUACCCAACUUACUGCUGUCAUUCUCAUUCUGUCCCAUGUGAUUUCAGGCUUUGCUCUCCCACAGUUCAGAUCCACCCUCUGUAAAGCUUUUUACAUAGAUUGCUGCUUGCUGAGUGCGUGUAGGAAGCUUAGGAGCUGAUUAAGAAAAAAACAACCAGUUUGUAAUUGUGUCAUUAACUGGCGAUUGCCUCCUCUCUUUCUCUCGUGUUGGUUGAAGUAUUUUAAUUUGAACGUGCUUAAAUGUUAAUUAUAAGCCAAAUGUUUCAAGGGACAAAAAGAGGUGAAGGAAUUUUACAGCCUUUUGCAUACAAAAUAAGCAAAAUCUCAUUGCUCUGCAAUUCAUCAUCGUGUUGGGCUUCGGGAAAGUGUCACCGUGCCGACGCAGCGUCACCGCGUGCGAUGCUUGGAGGAGUGCUGCCAUGGCAUUAAACAUCACCCACUGUUUGGGGCCUCUGCAAGAUAUGAGGAAACUUUCAAGUCACUGAAAUUGCUGCCUUCUAGCAUGAUUUAAUAAAGGCUGUGCUGGAAAAAUAGCUAAAAUUGCCUCUGCUGCCUACAUUUCUUUAAUUUCGCAAACUUCAGCAUGGGCUGUUGAAGCUUCUUUCAGGGUUCCUCCAGCUGAUUUAUUUCACAGCUGAGGGUCUAUAUAGUCUCUCCUAAAGCUUUAUUCCCUUCUAUGCUGAAAGUUAAUGGAGUGUGGAUAGCUUAACUCAGUCACAUAAUGUGUUGUCAUAAUUAUUCGGGAUAUUUCAAACAGGCUGUUUACAGUGAUAGGAAAAUGUUUGCGAACCCACUCAAAAUGUUGAACUGCUGCAUAGUUCAUCUCCUGAAAUUGUGAAUGGUGAACCGAAAGGUGGAAACAAUUCAUCUCUGUUAAAUUGAUGGCUGCUUUACACGGAACUGCCAGAAGUUCAAGCACAGGAAUUGUAACAAAUGGCAGAGCCAGCCGAAAAUUGAGGACAGCCUGAAAUCUGCU